UUAGUGCAGAGGUCACAAAAGUGUCACUCUGCUCGUUUCGUAGUAUGGUUGCUCGAGAUUUGCAACGGUUACUGCGCAGAUCAUUACAUCAUUAGAAUUACGUGAUACUUUGUAACCUCAAAGAGUACCUAAUGUUACGUCCAAUUGCAUAAUCCAUAUGUGUAUUUUCCUUUCGUGUAUAUGGAGUAUGUUAUUUUUGCGUACGCAAGCAGUGAGAGAUGUAUCGCUAUAAUUUUCAUAGCGCCACCUACAUUUAGAAAACGAAAAAGGUGUUCGCUUCGUUCUGUGUUAUAUUGAGCACAUUUGAAUCAGAUUAAGGGUGUCCGAAUAUUUUAAGUAUUUUCAAGACAUCAAACAAGGUUGCAUUCGAUUCGGUUUCCAAUCAGCUUGUAUUCAAAAAUCAGAAUAACUCUAUAACUUCCCGAAUGUGUCCACUGUGCACAAGUUAACACGAAAAGCCAAACUCUGAUAACCGUCAUCUAAUAACAUUGCACAUAAUUAAGGUACUAUAGCAUGACGCGUCCCUGAGAAAGCCAGUUUCCCGACAGAGCCACAAUCAAUUGCACUUAAAUUGUGAUCAGAUGUAGAAUUUCCCAGCAAAUAUUUUUUUUCGUGCCAAUAUCCAGCACCUGCGUCUUUUCGCCAGGUAAAGCCUGAAUGUUGCAUUGUCACAAACGUAAUACAAUAGUGGCACCACGAGACACCACCUACCCAGGCCUUUCUAACUCCACAGGUUUUUUUUUUUUUUUUCUUCGGUUUAUCAUCUCCACAGAUAAAAUUCCUUUCUGACUUGGCCCCGAAAGCAUACACAGAUGUUAAUAGGACAGCAUUACCGCCUUUAUCUUACGAUAUUGCAUGGUCGCGUGCAUUUCGACGACCCCUGGAUUUGCAAAAAAAAAAAAAUCUCCUGUUAACAAAGCUUGCUUUACCAUGUACAGUGUAAUGACAACCUUUCCAACCCUGUGAAUACCAAGAUGGGAAAGUUUUAAUGUUUUUCAAUUCAGCCUCAAGAAGUACUAUUGCAACGUCCCUACAAGGUAUUUUAAACCUUCCUUUGAAAACGCUUCUGCUUUUGACAGGGACCAGCGAUCUAGACGGAAAAGAGCCGCAACCGGCCGACCGCUGUGGGCCAAGACCCAAUGCCUUCGUCAUUCCUGUCUGCGGACGUAUCGCCAUUUUUUAUGCACAUUGUUGCGCGUCAGUGCGAAGCGGGCCUGCUGCAACCGCUGUGUCGACCAGUUGCGUGCAGCGCCGUCUGGCCGGCGACACAGGAUCGUGGCGUCGCCGGCUUCUCUGGCUGCUUUGGCGGAAACGGAAACGGCAAUCAGUCACGUGCGACGCCGUCACGUGCUCGUCAGCGAAGCGGUCAUGGCUGCUGCUUCUCUUUUACCUGCGCGGUCUACCGUGGCAUCCACCGGCGCGAACAGUGUGUGGCUAUGGUUCUGUUGAAGUAACCGAUUCGACAUUGAGCAAAGGAGCGGCAAGUAGUGCAGACAAACAUCCGGUAAG